AUGGUUGUUGCUACUAACCUCGGUUUCCCUUACGUCGGUGCUAAGCGUGAGCUUAAGAAGUCUGUUGAGGCUUACUGGUCUGGAAAGAUCUCUUCUGAUGAGCUUAAGACUGCCUACCAAAAGAUUCAAGAACAACACUGGGAGUUGCAAAAGGAGCAAGGUAUUCAACACAUUCCCUCUGGUGAUUACACUUUGUAUGAUCGUGUCUUGGACACUGCUCAACAAUUCGGUGUCAUCCCCACUCGUUACCAACACAUCCAAGAUCCUCUUCAACAAUUCUUUGCUAUGGGUCGUGGUCUUCAAAAGCCUGCUACUGCCACUACUGAAAAGGUUGAUGUCCCUGCUCAAGAAAUGAAGAAGUGGUUUGAUACCAACUACCAUUUCAUCGUUCCUGAAUUCGAACCUAACCAACAAUUCACUCUCCAAAACCCUCGUGCUGUUGAGCAAUACAACACUGCCAAGGCUCUCGGUAUUGAGACUCGUCCUGUCAUUGUUGGUCCCGUUACCUUCCUUCACCUCGGUAAGACUGCCAAGGGUUUCGAGAGCUUUGAUACUCUCUCUCUCCUCCCCAAGGUCCUUCCUCUCUACAUCGAACUCUUGAAGCAACUCGAAGCUGCUGGUGCUGAAUGGGUCCAAAUUGAUGAGCCUGCUCUUAUCCUCGAUUUGCCUGCCAAUGUCAAGGCUGCCUAUGAAGAAGCUUACAAAGCCAUCAACGCUGCUACUUCCAUCAAGACUUUGGUUGCUGCUUACUUUGGUCGUGUUGAGUCCAACAUCUCUGGUCUUAUUCCCCAUGUUAACGGUGUCCAUCUCGAUCUUGUUCGUGCCCCUGAGGAACUCGAUGCUAUCUUGCCUCAAUUGAACAACUCUCAAGUCUUGUCUCUCGGUCUCGUCGAUGGUCGUAACAUCUGGAUCAACAACCUCGCCAAGUCUAUUGAGUUGGGUCAAAAGGCUGUUGCUGCUCUCGGUAAGGAACGUGUCUUCAUUGCUCCUUCUUGUUCUCUUGCCCACUCUCCCUUCUCUACCUCUUUUGAGAAGAAGAUUGCCGAGAAGAACCCCGAGCUUCUUAGCUGGUUGGCUUUUGCUGUUGAGAAGACCAAGGAAAUCUCUGUCAUUGCCUCUGCUCUUAACAACGGCCCUGAAUCUGUCAAGGACGCUCUUGCUGCCAACGCUGCCGCUAUCGAGUCUCGUCGUACUUCUGCUCAAACCACCAACCCUGCUGUUCGUGAUCGUGCCAACAACAUCCCUGCUGCUGACUGGAAGCGUCCUGCUGAAUUCAGUGUUCGUCGUCAAGCUCAAGUCAAGAAGCUCAACUUGCCUCUCUUCCCUACCACUACCAUCGGUUCUUUCCCUCAAACCAAGGAAAUCCGUGUUGCUCGUCAAAAGUUCAACAAGGGUGAGCUCUCUACUGCGGACUAUGAUGCUUUCAUCAAGAAGGAGAUGAAGCAAAUGGUUGAAUUCCAAGAGAAGGUUGGUUUGGAUGUCCUUGUUCACGGUGAACCCGAACGUAACGACAUGGUUGAGCAUUUCGGUCAUCUUCUCCACGGUUAUGACUUCACUGAAAACGGUUGGGUUGUCUCUUAUGGUUCUCGUUGUGUCAAGCCUCCUGUCAUCUUUGGUGAUGUCUCUCGUCGUGGUCCUAUGACUGUUGAUGAAACCGUCUAUGCUCAAUCUCUCACUCAAAAGCCUAUGAAGGGUAUGUUGACUGGUCCUGUUACCAUGAUGAAGUGGUCUUUUGUCCGUGAUGAUCUUCCUCUCAAGGAUGUCUGUGCUCAAAUCGGUCUUGCUCUCCGUGAUGAAGUUGUCGAUCUUGAGUCUGCUGGUAUUCCUUGUAUUCAAGUUGAUGAGCCUGCUAUUCGUGAAGGUCUCCCUAUUCGUCGUGCUGAUUGGGAUGCUUACCUCGAUUGGUCUGUCGGUUGUUUCCGUCUCUCUACUGCUGGUGUCCGCAACGAAACUCAAAUCCACACUCACAUGUGUUACUCUGAUUUCAAUGAUAUCUUUGAUGCUAUUGUCGAUCUUGAUGCUGAUGUCCUCUCCAUUGAAAACUCCAAGUCUGAUGAGAAGCUCCUCAACAUCUUUGCUGUUAAGAAGUAUCCCCAAGAAGUCGGUCCUGGUCUCUUUGAUAUUCACUCUCCUCGUGUUCCCUCUGUUGAAGAGAUGUCUGUUAUCUUUGACAACGUUAUCAAGUACAUUCCCAAGGAACAUGCUUGGAUCAACCCUGAUUGUGGUCUCAAGACUCGUGGCUGGCCCGAAACUGAAGCUGCUCUCACCAACUUAGUUGAAGUUGCUCGUCAAUUCAGAGCCAAGUACGCUUAA